AUGACAGGAGAAAAAGGUGAUACAAGCAAGAAACCAGAAGGGGAGACCAUUGAUGCCAAUUCGCCAUUCUACAUUCACCCAUCUGAUUAUCCAAAGCAGAUGCAAGUGAAUGACAUGCUGAAUGAUAACAAUUACAACGAGUGGAAGCAGGAGAUGACCAACUUUCUCCUUGCGAAAAACAAGAUGAGACUAAUCGACGACACCAUCAAGAAACCAGAGAACGAAUCUCAAACACACACGGCUUGGGUUCGAGCCGAUGCCAUGGUCAAGGGUUGGCUAACGACUGCAAUGGAAAAGGAGAUUCGCACCAACGUAAGAUAUGCCAAUACCUCUUCUGAAAUCUGGAAGGACCUAGGGGAGCGAUUUGAAAAGGAAGGAGCACCGAGGGCUUAUGAGUUAAAACAGUUAAUCAACGUAACACGACAGGGAGGUAUGUCAGUUUCCAAUUACUAUACGAAGCUAAGGUCUCUUUGGGAUGAAAUUCAAGUUGUCCUACCCUUGCCACGGUGCGAGUGUGCCAUUGGGAAACAAUUGAAUGAAGUAAAGGAGAAAGAGAGGACUUAUGAAUUCCUCAUGGGACUUGAUGACGAGUUUUCUGUCAUUCGAACUCAGGCAAUCAACAAGGCGACUCCAAAACCAACAAUAACCGAUAAUGAAAAGAAAGAAAAAUGCAGUUUUUGUCAAAGAGAAGGUCAUGUGAAGGAAGGGUGUUUCAAGCUGAUAGGAUACCCUGAGUGGUGGCGUGGUAAUCGAGACAAAGGAGUGCCAAAAGCCGCCUGCGUUGAAGCAAUACCUAGCCCAAUUUCGGGGUUGACAGAUGAACAAUAUCAACUCUUUGUCAAGCACUUCAAGGAAAGCGGAAGCAUAACUAAAACUGAAUCUCAACCAAGAGCUAACAUGGCAGGUAGGAUUGAUACGUAUGAUGGUUGGGUGGUGGACACAGGGGCCACCGAACACAUGAUUCAUAGGAGUGAUUUCCUUAAUAACAAAACCCAAAGCCCAAAGGGAACGCCUGUUAUCAUUCCAAAUGGAGACAAAAUUCCUGUUUUGGGUGAAGGUGAUCAUAUACUUCCAGGAGGAAUCAAAAUCAAAGGAGUUUUAUUAGUGCCAAAUUUUAAUUAUAAUUUACUUUCUGUUGGGAAGCUAGCUGAUGAACUUAAUUGUGUUGUAACUUUCUUCCCGGGUUUCUUUGUCAUGCAGGAAUUGGGGACGAAGCGCUUGAUUGGAGCAGGUAACCGCAUAGAAGGUUUGUAUCGCAUGGGGGUAGUGAAGACUAAUAAAGCACUCUUGACCACCUUCGAGACCUGGCACAAAAGACUCGGGCACCCUUCACCGAAGAAAGUUUCACGCUUAGAUUUUGUUCCAUCUUGUAAGAAUGAUUUAAAUUGUGAUGCUUGUUUUAAGGCUAAACACACUACCGUUUCUUAUUAG